ACCCUCAAUCUCACAAACCCUCAAUCUCAUUAAACUCUCUUCAGUUCCCAACUUCCCAAUUUUCACACAAAUCCACAAUCUAAGCCAACUCUUUUUUCUCAAUCGAACCCGAUUUUGGUCACGAACCCAUUCACCAAUCUUUCUCUACCUCAGAAUCUGUCGUUCGCUUUUCAUAAUGAAGAACACCGUGUGAUGCUCAACCUGCGUUCACUAAUAUUGUUGGAUCCGUGUUUCUCUUGAUUAGCUUCAAUUUCCGUGCGCUUUUUUUUUUAUCAGGUUUGGCGAAAGAGAAGAUUGGUGGAUUUAGAAAUUGUCACCACAUAUGAAACGAAGAACCCUAAAAUCAAAGGAAUUAGAAAUUGAUAGUCACGGAAACUUCUCUCAACUCGCUAAUUCUCUCCCCUGUUCAGUCAUCAUUUCACCGCCGAUAACUCCUCCUUCAAUUGGUAAACCAUAUGAAUCUUGUGUCCAGGAACAAAAAGAUACAAGAUAUUUCAAUCUUGAAGGGUCAUUGCCAAGACCUUCUUGCUUCCAUGCAGGACAGACAUCUGGAACAUUUGAGUCAAUUGACAGUGCUUUUGGGGUUUGUAAUGAUAUUAGUGUCAUAUCGAUUUACAGGAACAACAUCUAGAACAUUUGAGUCAAUUGACACAAAAUGAAGACAGUUGAAGAAGAUGAUGAAAUUAAGUUGCACAUCAUUGCCACUAUUUCAACACUUGUACCAAAAUAUCUUGCUUAUGCCAGAUUGGUAUAAUUGAAUCUUUUAGCAUCUAUAUAUGGUUUUUUUACAAUUGAUAUGCAAUCAUUUACAUAUGUCAUAGGUAGGUGAAUUUCUAUUAAACUGGUGUAUUUAAAGUUUUCCUAGAUUCAUAGGCAUAUUGGUCCAAGGAUGCAGUAUGAGUUAUACUAAUGACAUUAUUUUUGUCGCAUUUCUAAGUUAUUAAUUGUAUAAAUACAAUUGUGUUCUUGGCUUU